UCUGUCUCGAGGCACCUAGUAACAUCACUUGAAAAGGUAAUGUUACGUGAAUAUUUAGGUGGGGCUCUGGGCAACAUAUUGGCGUGUGCCUCAGUCGCGCCUGAGAGACGAGCGAGAAACGAGAGCGAUAGGAGAUGCUUAAAUGGUUUCAGAGUAACCUGUUGAUCUCGUCAUGGAGAAACGCUAAACUUUCGAUCCAGCGGCUGAUCAACGAACGACGAGCGGAGGGUUCAGCACCUGCCGGUUUCAGCACCUCGUACGGCGAACAGCUCCCAGACCCAGAUUCAGUGCCGUCACUCAAUUACGGAUGACACGGGUUUAAAUGGCCCCAGGCCGUGUCGGAUGCCGUUAAAAUGGAUAUCAAAACUGCGGUUUUCAACGCGGCUCGAGACGGGAAGGUGAAACUUAUUCAGAAGUUGCUGUGCAACAAAACUCCGCGGGAGUUGGAGGCACUUGCGGAGGAGAAGACGCAGGGAGGCACGCCGCUGCUAAUCGCGUCCAGGUACGGUCACCUGGAGGUGGUCGACUACCUUCUCCAGCACUGUAAGGUUAAUGCGGAACUUGGGGGUUCGGUCAAUUUCGACGGGGAAACUAUCGAAGGAGCCCCACCUCUCUGGGCAGCGUCUGCCGCGGGGCACCUGCCGGUCGUGCGCAGCCUUCUGAAGCACGGCGCGUCCGUCAACAGCACGACGCUGACCAACUCGACCCCGCUGCGCGCCGCCUGCUUCGACGGCCACCUGGAGAUCGUGCGCUACCUGGUGGAGCACCGGGCGGACAUGGAGGUGGCCAACCGGCACGGGCACACCUGCCUGAUGAUCUCCUGCUACAAGGGCCACAAGGAGAUCGCCAGGUUCCUGCUGGAGCGCGGCGCGGACGUCAACCGGCGCAGCGUGAAGGGCAACACGGCGCUGCACGACUGCGCGGAGUCCGGCAGCCUGGACAUCAUGAAGAUGCUGCUGAAGUGCGGCGCGCGCGUGGAGCGGGACGGCUACGGCAUGACGCCGCUGCUGGCCGCCAGCGUGACGGGCCACACCAACGUGGUGGAGUACCUGGUGCACCAGCCGCGCACGUCGCGCCCGGACCGCGUGGACGCCCUGGAGCUGCUGGGCGCCACCUUCGUGGACAAGAAGCGCGACCUGCUGGGCGCCAUGCGCUGCUGGCGCCGGGCCAUGGAGCUGCGGCAGCCCGGCGGCCGGGCGGGCGCGCUGGCCAAGCCCGCCGCCGCGGGGCCCCCCGUGCCCGCGUACGACCACGCCCGCGAGGCGGCGACGCCGGAGGAGCUGGAGGCGCUGAUCGCGGACCCGGACGAGAUGCGCAUGCAGGCGCUGCUGGUGCGCGAGCGCGUCCUGGGGCCCGCGCACCCGGACACGUCCUACUACAUCCGCUACCGCGGCGCCGUCUACGCCGACUCGGGCAACUUCGAGCGCUGCGUGGCGCUGUGGCGGUACGCGCUGGACAUGCAGCAGGGCAACCUGGAGCCGCUCAGCCCCAUGACCGCCAGCAGCCUGCUCUCCUUCGCCGAGCUCUUCUCCUUCGUGCUGCAGGACCGCGCCAAGGGCGCCGUGGCGACGCGCGUCACCUUCCGCGACCUGAUGGCGGUGCUCGGCAGGAGCGUGCGCGAGGUGGAGCGGGCGGUGGCGCAGCGGGACGGGCACCCGGACGCGCCCCAGUUCACCAAGGUGCUGUCCAUCAUCCUGCACCUGCUCUUCCUCCUGGAGAGGCUGGGCGGCGGCCCCGAGGAGGAGCACCAGAAGAGGCAGGCCGUCUACCGCCUGCUCAAGCUCCACCCCCGCGCCCGGAACGGCCACACCCCUCUGCACAUGGCGGUGGACCGCGACACGACGGCCGUGGGGCGCUACCCCGUGGGCCGCUUCCCGUCGGCGGCGGUGGCGGCGCUGCUGCUGGAGUGCGGCGCCGACCCGGACGCCCGCGACUCCGACAACAACACGCCCUUGCACGUGUGCGCCGCCAGCGGCAGCCCCGACAUCAUGGCGGCGCUGGUGCGCGCGGGCGCCCACUUCGACGCCACCAACGGCGCGGGCAGGACCGCCUGCGAGCUGCUGGAGGAGCGGCACGGCGGGCGCCACGCCAUCCCGCCGCUGGCCCACGUCACGCUGCAGUGCCUGGCCGCGCGCGCCAUCGAGAGGCACAGGCUGCCGUACAAGGGCCUCGUCCCGCGCGAGAUGGAGGCCUUCAUCGAGCUGCACUGACCUCACGACCUCUGACCCCCGACCUCCGCCCGUUUUUUUGUUUUUGUUUGUUCCCUCCUCUUUCCUGUCAGAGGGGUGUACACAACGACGGCCGAUUUUUCGCGCCUGCUCACCUGCUCUCUUGCCGCUGAAUUUUUAUUUUUACAAAAAUUCUUCCGAAUUUGUGAGGCAGAAAGAGCCUGGUGGGCUGUAGAGUACGUUUUGCAUUUUAGGGCUUGACAUCGGAGGAGGGUACACACACGUUGUUGUUGUGCGCAGCUGUUUGGAAAAUGAUGCCUGGGUAAUCAAUAGGAGCCAAAACUGGCAUACGUACACCUGCCCCCCCCCCAC